GUGUGUACUUCCCAAAUCACAGACUUUCUUUUCUCUCCUCGGCAAACCCCUCUCCGUUUGUCGACCGUCUUCCAUCUCAUCAUAUACCCUGCUAUUCGCGAAGAUUGCAACUACCGCAUAGACACAAACCGGAGUUCUCUCCUCUGCGACACAAGUGGUACUGACAUUGUUCGAGCAAUGAAAGGUUUGCCAUUCCUUGCGUAUCUAUUCUCGAUAGCAAUAAACAGUAGCAGCAACAACGGCAGUGGAGAUAACAUCCUCGGCAGUACCUACAAAUCUAACAAGGGAAACGGUGGAUUCAGCAGCAGCAACAACGAUCCGAUGAGCAUCAAAGGAAAUGGCGUCUGCCUCGUCGAGGUGGCCCGGGUGGAAUGGAACCCAAUCCAGCCGUGGCAGCGAUCCCCCCAGUCCAAGAGCUCGGGGACGGCCUUUGUCAUCGAGGGGGAGCAGCUGCUAACCAACGCACACGUGGUCAAGUCGGCCAUCGACAUCCGGGUACGGCCCCACGGGUCGACGCGUCGCUUUCCCGCCCAGGUGGUCUGUUAUGCUCCCGACGUUGACCUCGCGCUCCUGGAGCUCGUGGGCGAGAGCGAGAAGGCGGACUUUUUCGGGCACCCGUCGGCAGGAGAAGCCGAUGGAGACGAAGAGGAAGAGCGGAUUGCCAAGCGGCGCCGGACCACGAAGAGCCUGGAGUUUGCAACGGAGCUGCCCGGGCUGCAAGAGACCGUCCAUGUCGUGGGGUUCCCCACCGGGGGCCGAACGAUCUGCGUCACGGAGGGGGUCGUAUCCAGGAUCGAUCUAUACAACCGUAUCGUCGCCAUCCAGGUGGACAGCGCAAUCAAUCCGGGAAACAGCGGGGGACCGGCCUUCAACUCAAAGGGACAGGUUACGGGGUGAGUUUGCGAUGUAUGCUAUAUUGUACAGCGCAUAGUGCUGUGUCCCUUAUGCUUGUUUUCUUGCUUGUUGAUUGGUUUGUGAGAACCGAACAAGAAUUGAUUGUAUUCAAGGGCUUGCGUGUAUGAAAAUUCUCACUACGACGGUGCUUAGGAUGCAACCGUGUCCAAAUUGUUAUGAGCAUACAAAACUAGCACAAUGUCUUACCAACAAUGCCUCCCAAUAUGAAUCUACCGUGCAUUGUAUUGCAAUCCAGUGUCGCCUUUCGAAAAAGAAUCUCCACCAAGUCUCAAAAAGUCGACAACAUAGGCUAUCUUAUUCCCGCAGUCCUGGUCCGGGCCUUCCUGGGACGUGUCGAUCGAGAAAAGGGAACAUACCAGCUCUCCGGCACGAUCCCGUACCGAUGCCAUUCGCUGGAAAACCAUUCCCUUCGGCUGGCGCACGGCGUUCCGGAUUUCGUCCACGGCAUCUUGAUCACAAGCGUAGCUGACGCCGUGACGGAAUCGACAGAAGAUGGAACUUCCGCCGAAGAAUCGCCGCUGCAGCUGCAACCAGGGGACAUCCUGACCAAAAUCGACGACAGCCCCGUAGCCGACGACGGCCAGGUGGUGCUGAGGGGAGACGAACUGAUCCAUCACGCGUACCUGAUGCGGAUCAAACAGAAGGACGAAUCCGUUAUUUUCACCGUUUAUCGUGGCGGCAAGCACAUCGUGUGCGAUCCUUACUUUCUAAAAGACAUUCAGCCCAUCAUACCUCGCUGGGGAGGCGUGGACUACAUGCCCAAUUACUUGAUUCUCGGGUCUUUGGUCCUCCUGCCGCUCUUUCUGGAAUUGAAAAACUUCAAGCAGUGCGGCCACUUGCUAAAGGCCGAUUGCAUCCAAUCAUACUGGAGAUGGCCCAGAGAAUGGGAGGGGAAGGAAGGUUUGGUAGUAUUGACUGAGAUCUUCGCCCACGAGCUGAGUUUUAGCUACAGCCGGCCGUGGCGGCGUGUGGUAAGCUACAACGGAGAAAAAAUCAAGAGCCUCGGGCAUCUGCAGAAGCUCUGGAAUGCCAGCUGCUCCACCGUUACAACGUCGGUCGAACAGAAAGAGGCUGAGCGUACUCUUACAUUUGUUCGACUGGAAUUGGAAAACGACGACGACAUCGUGUUCGAGGUGGAGGCUGCCAUGAAAGCACAAGAAGAGGUGAUGGCAACGCAUGCGAUAUCGAAGCCGUACAACAUAUUGCCUCGCAAUCCGAAUUACAUCUAAAAGAUAAAAAGAGCGAAACAGUAUGAAUCCACUAAUGACUUGCAGGAAAUAACAUAACGCAGCGAUCAUUUAUGCUGUUGAAUAAAUCUGAUUUGAAGUGGUUUUGCAACUCUAGAACCAGUUUCAUCAACCUGUUGGUAUCUCCCACUUGAUUGAUUGAUUUUGAUCUACCAAUUUCAACAGUUUCACGUCAUUUUYCCCAGUUCUUCCGUGUAGCAAUGAUGGAUCAUUCCUUCGAGGUUGUACCGGAUGAGGAAAAAAUCAUUCAGGCACAC